CUUCCUCGUGGGGUGGUGACAGCAGCAUGGAGCGAGACCUCGACCCCGGGGUCGCGCGUCGGGCGCUGGGCCGCCUGCUGGAGGCAGUGCUGGCGAACCGCGGCGAGGCCAACGCGGUGUUCGACAUCCUAGCAGUGCUGCAGUCUGAGGACCAAGGGGAGAUCCAGGAAGCUGUGCGCGCAUGCAGCCGCCUUUUUGGGGCCUUGCUGGAGCGGGGAGAGCUGUUCGUGGGCCAACUGCCCUCUGAGAAGAUGGUCAUGGCUGGGUCCCAGAGGGCCACAAGGAAGUACAAGGUGUGGAUGAGGCACCGUUACCACAGCUGUUGCAACCGCUUGGGGGAGCUCCUUGCUCACCCCUCCUUUCAGGUCCAGGAGCUGGCUCUCGGGACACUCAUGAAGUUCGUGCAGCUGGAAGGAGCACAUCCUCUGGAGAAACCCAAGUGGGAAGGCAACUAUCUGUUCCCCCGCCAGCUCUUCAAGUCUGUGGUGGAAGGCGUGCUCUCUCCAGAGGAGGACCACUCGCUGCUCCUCUCCCAGUUUCGGGAGUAUCUGGAACACGAUGACAUCCGCUACCACACGAUGCAAGCGGCCACAGACAUUGUGGUUCAAGUCGCCAAUGGACACCCUGAGCAGGUACCUCUCACAUUCUGGAACAAUGCCUUCACGCUGCUGUCCGCUGUGAGUCUGCCCCACCAGGAGAGUGAAGCACUCAACUUCUAUGUGAGGCAUGCUGGUGCAGAAGAAGGCUGGGGUCUGGGAUGGGGGAAGGUACAUGUAGCCUCAUCACCCCCAACCCUGCAGGAGCACAAGAAGGCCUUCCAGCUGAUGUGGCUCAGCUUCCUCAAAUACAAGCUCCCGCUCAGCCUCUGCAAGAAGGUACUAGUGAUCAUGCAUGACUCCAUCCUGCCACACCUGGCCCAGCCAAGCCUCAUGAUCGACUUCCUCACCCAUGCCUACAACAUGGGGGGCGCUGUCAGUCUUUUGGCGUUGAAUGGACUCUUUAUCCUGAUUCACGAGCACAACCUGGAGUACCCGGACUUCUACCGGAAGCUCUAUGGCCUCCUGGACCCAUCCAUCUUUCAUGUCAAGUAUCGGGCCCGCUUCUUCCAUCUGGCCGAUCUCUUCCUGUCCUCCUCUCACCUGCCUGCCUACCUGGUGGCUGCCUUUGCCAAGCGCCUGUCCCGCUUGGCCCUGACGGCUCCCCCUGAGGCCCUGCUCAUGGUCUUGCCCUUCAUCUGCAACCUGCUGCGCAGACACCCGGCCUGCCACAUCCUCGUGCACCGCCCUCAGGGCCCAGACUCUGCAGCAGCACUACCACCCAGAGGUGUCCAGGGCCGCUGGCGUCAUCAGCCAGGCACUGUCCACAUCCGAGGUCAGCAUUGCACCGCUCUUGGGACUCACUGCGUUCGAGGUCUUUGAGCGGGACCUGAAGAAGAAGGGGCCGGAGUCAGUGCCACUGGAGUUCAUCCCAGCCCAGGGCCUACUGGGCCGGUGGGACGACCUCUGUGCGCAGCACUUCACGCUCAGCUGAUUUUUUGCCUUCCCCCCAAAUAAACAGCUAAUGUAGGGGAGCAACUCUUAUGUGGUGGGUGGGGCCCGUGCCCACAGGCUGGGGUCUGUGGAGCUGGCCAUGUUUGGAGGCGCCUCCCCACCUGCCCAUGCCCACUGUGUACCUGGCCUCCCUUGCUGCCCAGGGCCUCCUUUUCUGCAGCCUGGAGUGGGGGGUCAAGGUGCAGGACUGCAGGAAAGACCCCAGCCCCACAGGGCCACAGGUGUGCAGUGCAAUGGCCUCAACAGGCCCCCUCCCCCUGCCUCCCGGAUGGGCAGGGCCACACCCUCCCCUGAGGCAAUCCGGGGACCUUCCUCCUGCAUUUAGACUGUUCCAGGAGUGACUGGAAGGCUGUCUGUCCUGCUCUGUCUUCAGUGGAAGCACAGGGCAGGGGCAUAAGACACUCAUCCCUGCCAGGCCUGCCUGCAGAAGACACUUUUGUCCCUGGAACCACCCUCUAUCUCUGUACACAUGGGCAUUAGGGCACUGAGUCCCAGGGGGAGGUGUGCACCCCAUCAGAGGGAGUUACAGCUGGAGGCCAGGUUGUCCACCCUUUCUGUGCCCCUGUGCAGAGCAGGUGUGGGCAGCUGCCGGCCUGGGAGGAGUGCCCCCAUUUCCUUUUAAAGUCCUUUCAGGGCGGAGGGGUCGCAGGAGUGAUGCUAGCUUAUGUGGGUUUGUAGGGACUGUUGGAGAUGUCGGGAGUGAGGGGCCUCCAGCCAAGAAGGGGGAGACCCUAGCUGCCCUGCAGCCUCCAGUCCUCCAUGCUGCAGCACCAGAGAAGCAGAGAUCUCACAGCAGUGCCAUGAGUAGGGGCCAGUCGGCCACUUUGGUCUCCAAGGAGCCCCUCCAGUGGCCUGGGGCCUUGGUGUGCAGGGGUGACAGAAAGAUCUGAACUGGAUGUAGGCAGUGUUCACACAUUACAGUGUACCAAAUGCUGCUGAAUUGUGUUGUAAAAUGGUGAAAUUUUAUGUGGGUUUCACCUGAAUUUUUUCAAGCUAGUGAGUGGUAUUGCAAAUACUGCACAGUAUACUUUCACUGAAAAGGUACUAAUUGUGUAUCUUAAGUCUAAA